CGCACCGACUGCUCCCUCGCUGGGCCCGACAGGUGGCUGGCCGAGCAACCGCUCUGCUCUCGGGUGAGCUGAGGUUGCAGGUGCCUGACUAUUCCUCCUUGUGGCCUUGCCAGCUUAAGCAGUCCUUUGGUUGUGCCCUUCAAACAGUGUGUAGGUCCCCAUGGUGAAUUGGACAAGAAGUGAUCCAGGUAAUGGAGAGUUUUUCCAGUUUUUGUCAAGCAAUGACUUACAGACAACUACUUUGACAACUAAAACUGAUGGCAAUGAUGGCAAGGCUGAACACCUAGAAUAUAUUGCUUUUGCAUUGGUUCCUGUUUUCUUCAUCAUGGGUCUCUUAGGGAUCCUGAUCUGUCAUGUCCUUAAGAAAAAAGGAUAUCGUUGUACAACGGAGGCGGAACAAGUAGAAGAAGAAAAGUUUGAUGAAAAAAUAGAAAUGAAUGAAACAAUACAUGAGAACAGCGACACUGUUGGACAAAUUGUUAACUACAUUAUGAAAAAUGAAGCAAAUGCUGAUGUGUUAAAGGCCAUGGUAGCAGAUAGCAGUGUCUUUGAACCUGAAAGCCCUUUAUCUCCUACCUCUCCUGGGAGUCCAACAAGUCCAGGAUCUCCCUUGUCACCUGGUGUUAUUCCAUUUAAAAACAGCUGUAAAGGCCAUCACUUCCAUACUGUUGGAGGAGCAAUAGAACAGGAUGUUUGUACUCGUUGUAGCCACAAACGAUGGCACCUCAUAAAGCCAGCUCAUAAAUCUAAAGAGCACAGAAGAAGUCGUAUCGGAGAAGUUACAGUCCUUUCUGUGGGAAGAUUUAGAGUCACAAAAGUGGAGCACAAAUCAAAUUCCAAAGAACGGAAAAGCUUGAUGUCUGUUACCGGUGUGGAGAGUAUCAAUGGUGAUAUGCCUCCCACACCUGCAAAACAGGAGGACACUGAAGUGCCUGCCACACCUGUGAAACAGGAGAUGCGAGAGAGGAGAAGCUCUGAGUAAACUGCAGGUGGAACUUUUAGAAGAAGCUUGUUUGCUAGCACUUUGGAGAAAACUGAAAACUCCCAAGAGAAGCAUACUAUUUAAGGAAAUGUAUUUAUGGCAUUGUUGCAUUUUACAAGUUCUGUGGUGGCAUCCAUGCAAGGGUAAACGCUGAUUUUUACUGGUGCAAAGCCAUUAAGAUUUAGACACUUAAAUAUUGUUGACCUUUGUGGACCUCGUAUCCAAUGUUGGGCUUCAUCUUGGAGAGAAAAUCUAAGGUUUUGGACAGGAAAGACUUACCAAAUUUUUUUUUUUUUUAACUUAGACAAGCAUUUUUAGUGAGCUCAGUAUUACAUGUAAUAUGAUUACCCUAUGGAUAAACUGUGUUGACCCCUCAGUCCAUCUGGAUUUUUCUCCUUUGUUCUUCCCCUCCAGAAUUGACAAGUGGUUGCUGAAGAUAAAAGCAAGCCUUUGGAAGAUGAGAAUACUCUUUUAAUCUAACCACUAGUAGCCAAGCAAAACAUACAGGGAGAUCAUUAUAUCAGCCAAAAUCUGCAUGUGUGCCUUUAGUACAUAAGCCCUUGGACUCUAAAGGUUACUUCACAUUAGAGUGGCUCAGUUAUAUGCAGAUGUCAAAUUGUUUUCUUCCUUCUCCUUAUUUGCCCUUACUACUUGACACAGGCUGAAUAGCAUUUUUUUCUAUGUAGCUGUGUAAGCUCUUGGGAAGGUUACUUUCCUCAAGGCCACUUGUUUCCCCAUUUUCUUGUACCUACUCGCUUGUGUUUGAAGAAUGCCUAAUAGUUCUGCUGUUUUUUGUUUUUAUCCACAGGCUCCUAACUAAGCUAAGACAGCAUAUUUCAAACAUUAGAUAAGGAUAUGGAAUAUCUGCGUAUUUCUGGGGUAUAUGCUAAAGUACUUCAGAUGGCUUUAUUGGACUGAGGGUAGCUUUUUUUCAUUGGCACUGAAAUCCUGAGCCAGUGUCACUCCCUUCAUAUUUGAAGUAUGACUUACUGCUAAAAAUACCAGUGAUGGUUUUGUGAUAUUAAUUCUUUGUGUCAGCUUAUCAUAUUUUCUACUUUGUCUUGUUACUUGUUAUGGGGAGGCAAAUCUUGGCAAUACUUCAAACUUUGCUGUGUAAUAGAAACUGAAAAAUAUAUUUGCUCCGAGUGCCUAAGAAUAUAAGUUCUAAUGUAAUACAUUUUAGUAGAGAUUGCAGUAUAUUCUGAGAACUAUAAAGUAAUUUAAUCUAUUUUGUUAACUCAGUUAAAAUCAGUGUUUGCAUUGAAAUUGAUUUAUUUUAAAAUCAUACUUUCAAUCCGUUCAGUUCAAGUGCUCAAAACUGUGUUUCUCCUUCAUAUCUGAGAAUUUGGUUUCUUCAUCAGUUUACACAGUGUUAAUGAUCAGUGUGUAAAAAGAUACAAUUUAGUCUCAAUGCUUAUGUAUUAUAUACUCCCAUGUCUUCCCAGAAAACAUGAAGUUUAUUUUCACUUUUGCUGAAAGUAUGUGUUGCAGGUAGUCCUUCUUCUACUUGUAUUCAUGAGAUACUCUCUGGACUUCAUAGAAUCAUAGAAUGGUUUGGGUUGAAAGGGACUUUAAAGAUCAUCUAGUUCUAAAUUCCCUGCAAUGAGCAGGGACAUCCUUUACCAGACCAGGUUGCUCAAAGCCCUGUCCAACCUGGCCUUGAACACUUCCAGGGAUGGGCAACCUGUUUCAAUGCCUCAGCACCCUCACGGUAAAGAAUUUCUUCCCAGUAUCUAAUCUAAACCUCCUCUGUCAGCUUAAAACCAUCCUCCUUUGUUCAGACACUACAUGCCCUUGUAAGAAGUCUCUCUCCAGCUUUCUUACAGGCUCCUUUAGGUACUAAAAGUUUGCAAUAAGGUCUCCCUGGAGCCUUCUCUCCUCCAGGCUGAGCAAGACCAACUCUCUCAGCCUGUCUUCAUAGCAGAAGUGCUUUAGCCCCCUCAUCAUCUUCAUGGCCUCCUCUGGAUUUGCUCGAACAGGUCCAUAUCUCUUGUGCUGUGGGCCCCAGAAUUGAACAUAGUACUCAUGAGACCUGAGUAGAAGGGGAGAAUCACUUCCCUUGACUUGCUGGCCACACUUACCAAUAUAUACACUUAAAAAUAUAUACAUUUCACCAAUGCUGUAUUUUGGGGAAAACAAAACAACAAACAAAUCCCCAAACAACCCCUAAUCAAACAAAAGUUCUGAAAAGAUUAAAUGGUUUAUUUUUCCUUUUAAAAUGUGUAUUUUUUAGAGAUAUUGUCUGUCCUUGAGAACUCAAAAUAACUGCUCAGCCAGGACUGGAACUUGAGACUCGUUUUAGCAACCCUGCUCCCAUUAAUUUAAAUCUUACUUAGGAAAUCUGUUUAAGAUAAACACCAAACUUGCCUUAAAGGCAUACAUGUAAUAUUGUUUUUUUUUUUCUUCAGGCUUCACUUAAUUAUUUAUAUGAAGAGCUAAUAUUUCUAGAAGAACUUAAUUAAUGUUGGUUAUAGUAAUUAGCUUCAGUUUCCAAAAGAUUGAGAGCUAUGAGUAUAAAAUGUUACUGGGAAAAGAGAAUAUUGGUCAAAACCAAGCUGUUUAAGUAACUCUCACAAAGGAAAUACACAGUUAUAGACUGUUCCAAAAACUUUAAAAACAAAAAGGGGGUUAUUUUGAUAAUGUUGUUUGUCAUGUUUUGAUACACGAUGGGUUAGUACUGCAAGUGAAUUUGCCAAAAAGAUGGAAGAAAGCUGAAACAGAAAUAUGUAUUUUUUUUACUUAAUUUAAAAGUAGUUUCUAUUUUGAUUCCAUCGGAGAUACGUAGAAUAAGGGAGAUGGAAAUGUGUUGGAUAUGUAAAGCAAUAUUUACCUGUAUAAAAUUCAUAAGGUAUUACAAGACCUGAUAUGUGCAAGAACUGAAUUUGUGCAUUGUUACUUCAAUAAGAGGAUUUAGAAACUGUACCUGUUGAAUUGCAUUUAACACUACACUCUGCUAUUUUGUAGGGGUAUGGAUAUUGCCAUAUUAGUCUGCCUUUCUUAAAUUUGCAUAUCAGAUGUAUUUUUAACAAAAUAGUUUAUAUACAUCUUUUGUACUACCAAGCAGUAAAUAAAAAGUAUUGAUUCUUAA